GUUGCACUUUACCAAGUUUAUCAGUUUAACAUACAAAGCUUUUACUCAGUUAGAAGCACUAAUACUAAGAAGAAAGGAGCUACAUAAUUUGGAAAACUCAACAUGGCAGCCAGUACAACUACAGCCUGGAGUUCUACUGGACUUACCACAGAAACCCCUCUCACCCCCAGUCUCAGUGUGGAUGCUACAGACAUUGCUGUUGUUGUCGUGUACUUUAUUAUAGUCAUGGUUGUUGGAAUCUGGUCUUCAGUGAAAGCUAAUCGGACCUCUGUGAGGGGAUAUUUUUUGGCUGGUCGUUCCAUGACAUGGUGGCCAAUAGGAGCCUCCCUGAUGUCAAGUAAUGUUGGCAGCGGGUUGUUCAUUGGACUUGCAGGAACGGGAGCAGCUGGAGGCAUUGCUGUCGGUGGAUUCGAGUGGAAUGCAGCAUGGGUUCUGGUGGCUCUGGGUUGGAUCUUUAUCCCUGUCUACAUCUCUGCUGGUGUGAUGACCAUGCCUGAAUACCUGGCCUUGCGUUUUGGCGGCCGCAGGAUUCGCAUCUACAUGUCUGUUUUAUCCCUUGUUCUCUACAUCUUCACAAAAAUAUCAACAGAUAUGUUUUCGGGGGCUUUGUUCAUCCAGGUGUCACUGGGCUGGAAUCUCUAUCUGUCUACAGGCAUAUUGUUGCUGGUUACAGCUGCUUACACUGUGGCUGGUGGUUUGGCAGCAGUCAUAUACACUGAUGCACUCCAGACUUUGAUCAUGGUUGGUGGAGCCCUUUCACUGAUGUUCAUGGCUUUCAUCAAGGUGGGCUGGUAUGAGGGCCUUGUAGAUCGGUACAUGUCAAGUGUUCCCAUAGUGACAGUUGUGAACACUUCCUGCCACAUUCCUCGUUCUGAUGCAUUCCACAUGUUCAGAGAUCCUGUGUCAGGAGAUCUCCCAUGGCCAGGUUUAAUCUUUGGCCUUACUGUUUUGGCUACAUGGGUCUGGUGCACUGAUCAGGUCAUUGUUCAGAGGUCAUUGUCAGCCAAGUCCUUGUCUCAUGCCAAAGGAGGCAGCGUUUUGGGGGGCUACCUAAAACUGCUGCCCAUGUUCUUCAUUGUGAUGCCUGGUAUGAUAAGCCGAGCAUUAUUCCCAGAUGAGGUUGGUUGUGUGGAUCCAGCACUGUGUCAGAGAAUAUGUGGAGCACCGGUUGGCUGCUCCAACAUUGCUUACCCUAAACUAGUGGUAGAAUUAAUGCCUGUUGGUUUACGUGGUCUGAUGCUGGCUGUAAUUUUGGCUGCUCUGAUGUCAUCUCUAACAUCAAUUUUUAAUAGCAGCUCCACUAUAUUUACUCUGGACCUCUAUCACAGAGCGAGACCAAGAGCUUCAGAAAUGGAACUUAUGAUUGUUGGAAGGGUUUUCGUCCUCAUCUUGAUGUGUAUUAGUCUGUUGUGGAUUCCAGUUGUCCAGACAGCCAACAGUGGGCAGCUUUUUGAGUACAUCCAGUCUGUAACCAGCUUUCUAGCCCCACCAAUUACUGCCGUGUUCAUAAUGGCAAUCUUCUGGCCUCGGGCCAAUGAGCAGGGUGCAUUUUGGGGUCUCAUUACUGGCCUAGUGGUGGGGCUAGUCCGCAUGAUUCUGGAGUUCUUCUACACAGCACCUUCCUGCGGUCAGGCUGAUCGUCGGCCCUCUGUUUUAGCUGAUGUCCAUUACCUUUACUUUGCUCUCAUCCUACUGGCUCUUACCUGUCUCGUAAUAGUUGCUGUUAGCUUGGGAUCUGCCCCAAUACCAGAAGAACAUCUCUACAGAUUAACCUGGUGGUCCCGAUAUAAUCUAGAGCCUCGCAUUGACCUCACCACUCCGGCACCUGAUCCAGCAGACAGCAUUAGCUUUGGGACUGAGCAGUUGCAACAACCUACAUGGAAAAGAGUUCUUAUGUGGCUCUGUGGCUUGACUGGUCCAACCCCACAAUCUGACCCACCAAGUACAGAAAAUAAUGAUCUGAACUUCCUGCAUGAGAAACCUGUUUGGAGGAAAGUCUGCAAUUUUAAUGCUCUGCUGCUUCUAGCUUUUAAUGUGUUUCUCUGGGGGUACUUUGCAUAAAGUUUUGUACGUAUUCCAUUUAGAAUAAUUGAUGCUUCUAAUAAAAUUAUCUAAAGGUGUAGUCCAGUAGUCUCUCGUGGCUCAGUGCACUGCAGCAUGACACUUCUAUUGACGAGGUGUGAAAUGCUCGUUCCACUAAAAUGUGGGAAGCAAUGUUUCAGUCUUCAAAUGAUCACUUGAUGAUGUUUCUCAUUCAACUAUAUACACCUGUAAUUUAUGAAUAAUAUGAUAAAUGUAUGAGUAUAUGAAUUGAA